AUGAAAGCCGAUACUGCACGACGAUACUUCGUCGCUUUCAUCGCUACACUGCAAAGUCUACUCCAGUACUUUCCAAGGUAUGCUAUAUAUGUCAAUGAUAUCCGGAACAUGCUUCGUAGUAUUGAUGAGCCGAAUAUACCGCUCCCAGCUCAGAGAGCGUCCAACGAGGUGGACUUCCGCGCACGCGUAAUACCGUCGAGUGAAGAGAAUUCGGAUGAGGACGAUGUGGUCAACGUGACUGCGGACUCUACUCUUAGUACAAGAGAUGACACCCUGCGCCCUGUGUCUCCAACCUCUGAGGUACCUGUCGGACCGCUGCCCGGAUUCGUCGAAAUGCCGCUCCAUAUAUCACGGAUUGUCGAAGGACAAGAUCAAUUCUUCGCUGAUUUGAAUACCCCGCAGUACAACAUAGACCCUACAAUGAAUCUUGAUCAGGGAUUGUUGUGGGAUUGGGCAGAUGCUCUGGGAUCAGGUUUCAACAUCUGA